AUGAUGGAGAAGGAAGGAGAAGAAGGAAGAAGAAUGAGAAUGGUGAUGACCAUGCAAUGGUGGCAGGUAAUUGUGGCGACUUUGGUGAUGGUGGCGAUGGUAACGUUGAUAGAUAGUGACAACAACAACAUUGAUAACGGUAACAACAACAAAGUUAUAAAGUUUUACCAAACUCCUAGACCUCUGCAAGUGCACAGAUCGCGGAAGUAUGGGUAUCGAACACAAGGACUGGCUAUUGAGUACACUUUGAAACUAUGGAUUUUGGAUCAAGCUAAAACAAAAGUAUGA